UUUGAGUUUAAUUGUCUUUUUCUCGGCGUCAUGGGUUACAUCUGUGCAGUUAAAGGUUGUAGUAACAAAACUAACAAUGCUAAAGGACGCACAUUUAGGUUUUUUCGCUUUCCUGCUGUUUUAAAAAACAGGGGAGAUAAAAUUCGCAAGUUGUGCGAAGAUCGCAGACGAAAGUGGUUAGCAAAUAUUGCCAGAAAAGACUUAGACGAUAAAAAGGCUGAAAAUACCAGAGUUUGCAGCAACCAUUUUAUUAGUGGUAAACCUGCUGAUAUUAUGGGCACAACAAAUCCCGAUUGGGCUCCAACGGUUAAUUUAGGACACAGCAACGUUGGUGAUGUUUCCAUGGCGGUCAACAGAAAUGCACGCGCGAAAUCAAGGCAAAAAAAGCGCAAAGAAAUCGUAGAGCAAGGAAGAGUUGAUAUGGCCAAUACUUAUCAAGAGAUUGAAAUAACAUCCCAUGACUUUGAAGAUCCGACAAGUAGCAUAAUAAAUACUCCAGAAGAGUUUGAAUUAAAUAAAUCAGCUCAAACUGAACAUACCCCAACAAGAGAUCAGGCAUGUCAAACAGACAUUGGCAUGAGUCAAUUGGAGGAAGAAAAAAUUUAUCUUCAAAGUGUCCUUGAGGAAUUAAGUAAUUUAAGGAAACAUUUGGUGUCUGUCAAACUAACUGAAGAGACAUUCAAAGAAAACUCAGAGAAAACAAAGUUUUACACUGGAUUGCCAAAUUACAACACCUUGAACUGUGUUUAUAAAUAUAUCCAUCCUCACACCAAAAGAAACAGUCAGAAUGCACUUGAUGCAUUUAGUGAGUUUAUUCUUGUUCUGUUAAGGUUAAAGUUAAACCUUCCAUUGCAAGAACUUGCCUACCGUUUUUACAUUUCAUUAGCCACAGCUUCUAGAAUUUUUGACGGAUGGAUACAUGUGAUGAGCAUUAGGCUGCAGUUUUUAAUUCAUUGGCCAGAGCGAGAGGAACUACAAGCUACAAUGCCCGUAGUGUUUUAGCGCAAUUUUGGCAAAAAAGUGUCAGUCAUUAUUGACUGUUUUGAGGUGUUUGUAGACAGGCCAAGUAGUCUUAUAGCAAGGGCAAUGACUUAGUCUAACUACACGCAUCAUAACACAAUCAAAUUUUUAAUAGGAAUAACACCUCAAGGUGUUAGAUCUUUUAUUUCAAAGGCAUGGGGAGGCUGGGUUUCUGAUAAACACCUCACAGAACACUGCUCAAUACUUAGUAAACUUUUACCUGGAGACAUAGUUCUAGCAGACAGGGGGUUCGAUAUAGCUGACAGUGUUGGGUUUUAUCAAGCCAAGUUACACAUCCCAGCCUUUACAAGAGGGAAAUCACAGCUGGCAGCCGAUGACAUAGAGGAGACUAGAAAAAUUGCUAAUGUCAGGAUCCAUGUCGAAAGAGUAAUUGGUCUUGUCCGCAGAAAGUUCUGUAUAUUGCAGAGUAUUUUGCCAGUGCAGUUAAUUACAGCCAAGCCAGGAGAUGACCUGGCUCCUAUAGACAAAAUCGCCAUCAUUUGCUGUGCACUCACAAACCUUUCUGAGUCAAUUGUCCCAUUUCAAUAGAGAAAUUAUCACAUGUAAUGUAUCCGUCAUUUUACAAACAAUAUUUUAUUUCAUUUAGUAUUGAAAUACUGAUUAAAAGAAAAUUCAAAACUGAUGUAUUGUACAGUUCAAAAUACACAAUCAAAUGAUUAUUAAAACUAAUUUUAAGUA